CGCUCACUGCGGCUGCGGGCUGCAUCCAUCGCGAAGGAAGCCGACGAAGGGAGCCGGGCGCCGCCAUCCCAGCCCAGCCCACCUCGCUCCCGAGGCAGAUGCAGGCCAUCAAGUGUGUGGUCGUGGGAGACGGGGCUGUGGGGAAGACCUGUCUGCUAAUCAGCUAUACGACCAAUGCCUUCCCUGGAGAGUAUAUCCCCACUGUGUUUGAUAAUUAUUCUGCCAAUGUCAUGGUGGAUGGAAAGCCAGUAAAUCUGGGGCUGUGGGACACGGCAGGACAAGAGGACUAUGACAGACUGCGACCUCUUUCCUACCCACAGACAGAUGUUUUCCUGAUCUGCUUCUCAUUAGUGAGCCCAGCCUCUUUUGAAAAUGUCCGAGCCAAGUGGUACCCAGAGGUUCGGCACCACUGCCCCAACACCCCAAUCAUCUUGGUGGGCACCAAGCUGGACCUGAGGGAUGACAAGGACACCAUUGAGAGACUACGUGACAAGAAACUGGCCCCCAUCACCUACCCUCAAGGCCUAGCUAUGGCCCGGGAGAUUGGUUCGGUGAAAUAUCUAGAAUGCUCUGCCCUUACACAGCGAGGCCUCAAGACUGUCUUUGAUGAAGCCAUCCGUGCUGUGCUCUGUCCCCCACCUGUGAAGAAGCCUGGCAAGAAAUGUACUGUGUUCUAAGGGCAUCUGAGUUCAGCAUGUUAAUGAGUGUCUUCUCCUUGUCUGUUCGAGGAGGGAGCGUUCUCUGGGUGUUCCCGCAGUGGGAGAGGCGGGGGCCCUUCAUCAUGUACGAAGUCAGUGUUUUUUAAAUGUCUCUUUGAUUUAACGUCUGUGUCAAUGUAAAAAGGGCCGCAUGGGAGAAAGAAGAGAUCGAUGCUGUCCCACCCCAGGGCGGAGCGGUGGGAGGGGCAUGCUUUCCAUGACUCCAUGCCAGGGGGUAGUGCGCGAAUAGAAAG